CCUCAAGGCAUUAAGCUAGCGGUAAUUAUUGCUUCAUUGGCCAUAUCAGUCUUCUUAUGUGCUCUAGUAAGUGAUGGCUAGAUUAGUCGAUGAUACCAGAUGUUUUACACGAUCUCCUAGGCACAUGCUUAUGUACCUUUAACCAGGACGAAACAAUCAUCACGACGGCUACCCCUAGAAUUACCGAUGAAUUCAAGUCCAUCAACGAUGUCGGUUGGUACGGAUCAGCAUACUUCAUGACAUCUGCGGCAUUUCAACUAGUAUACGGAAAUUUAUUUUUGUUUUAUUCCAUAAAGCUCAUAUUUCUUAUCUCCAUUGCCAUUUUCGAGCUUGGCUCUUUGCUCUGCGCCGUAGCAUCUACUUCGAUAGCCUUCAUAGUCGGUCGAGCUUGUGCCGGCUUAGGUAGUGCUGGUAUUAAUGCUGGUUUCAUCAUUAUCCUAGCAGCAUCUCUUCCUCUGGAAAGGAGGCCGCUCUUCGUCAGUUCGUACAGUGGCAUGUACGGCAUUGCGUCGGUAGUUGCUCCUCUCUUAGGCGGUGCUUUUACUACCACGGCGACAUGGCGAUGGUGUUUUUACAUCAAUUUUCCUCUGGGCGGGAGCGCCAUCUUGGCUAUGAUGCUAUUCCUUCAACCCCACGGAAAGAACAAUUAGCAGCUAGUACAUGGUGGCGGACUGGCUGAAAUUGAUCGAGGACUGACAAAAGACUAGUUUCCAAUAUGGUUUCAAGCCAUCCAGGGCGUAACAGCAUUUAGCUCGGGCACGCGAAUUCUACCUACUACUUUGGGCAUCGUAGCCGCUUGUGGAAUGGAGUGGAAGUCUAUUAAGAAGAAGGAUCAGAGGCCAAUAGAUCUUAGGGAAGAUGGAGAAGAAAAGUCUAUAGCCCCUAUUACGAAGUAGUUACCUGAGUAGAAGAUAAGAAGGAUGAAAUCUCGUGCAUAAUUGAUUUAUGCAUACGUACC